AUGCGUUUCUCAAUUGCUUUUGUUGUCCUCAGCGGCCUUGCCUCCAUGGCUGUCGCUUCCGCCCUCCCCGGACCCGACAACGCGGGUACUCUUGACAACUGCGGUUAUCCCAACGGUAACUGCUAUGAAAACGAUUGCCAUGGAGAGGAAGAUACCUUGGAUGCCCUUGCGGAUACAACUGCGGCAGAAAAACUGGAAGAUGCAAUGAGAACGGUUGCAACGGAAGAGAUGGACGAUGCACCAACAACUAUCUCGGCUGCUCUUGCACCUAGGCGUAUCCUAAGACCUGUUGACGGCGAGGUUCCCGGGGCAGGUAUCAAGCUAUGGUGA